GCAGCGAAGGCCUUUCCUUUUUCCGGAGUGUUUUUCCGUCGCUGCUCCUGCAAUAGCACAAAGGAGUGAAGGACAAGCUCCGAUGGCUACGAACUCCGCCGCUGGGAAUCCGAAACCGUAGUUUUCUUCCAAAAUCAAAGCGCUUCAGGUUAAUUUCAGAUGGGGAAAGCUAAAGGCAGAGCGGAUAGUAGGAAAUCCGUUAGAAAAGCUGUACCUUGACGAGCCCCACGAUGCUUCUGGUAGCCAUCAUAGCAGGGACGAAGAGAUUCCCAAGACCAGAACUAUAGACUCAUUCUGCACCAGCCCACUAGCAAAAGGCAAGGAAUUACUUUCACUAGUAUCGGGAUCGUCCCCAGAAGAGGAUUUAAUAGUUCCAGAGGAACGCAAACAAAGCCAUGCUCACUUCAUCUUCACUUCACGCUUAUACACCUGCUGGGCUGUGGCCCAACUUCUUUCUAAAAGGGGAUUGCCUACAUAAUUUCAGGUAAAUGGAUAGAGAUGAUGAUGACUUUGGCAGUCUUCAUGAAGAAAACAAGGGUGUCGAACUUGAAGCAUCAAAUGAUUUGGACUUGAAUGUUGAGCAGGAUUAUUGCAGCCAAAAAGUUGUCCAUGCUAAUGGUAUUCACUCCACUCAUUCCUCAAAAGAUGAUGGCGCAGAUGCAAUAUUAAAAAUUGGUACGGAGUUUGAAUCUGAUGAGCAUGCCUACAAAUUCUACAAUAAGUAUGCUAGAUUGGUUGGUUUUAGUGUGAGAAAAGACUGGGUAAAUAGGAGUAAGGUACAUGGUCAGGUGGUAUCUAGGAAGUUCACUUGUUCAAGAGAGGGUUAUCGCCGGAGAGAUAAAAGAGAUGUUAAUGUGAAGAAACAUCGGAAGGAAACAAGAACUGGUUGCUUAGCGCAUAUGAUCAUUACUCGUCAACCUAAUGGUAAAUACCGUGUUACCCAUUUUGAAGAACAACACAAUCAUGAUAAUGUGAAUCUAGGUAAUCUCCAAAUGCUAUCUCUGCAAAGGGAAUUCAGUGUAGAUCAAUCUGCUGAAGCUGACUUGGCAGAAAAUUUAGGACCGCAGUCAAAAUCAGCAAUUGCAUCAAUGAAUAGACAAUACAGAGUUCGUGAUUUUCUAGAUGAUUUUGCUUCGAAUUUUGAUAAUCACCUUCAAACUGAAAGAAUCCGAGAUAUGAAGGAGGGAGAGGCGGGAAAUCUAUUGCACUAUUUUCAAAGGCAGCAUUUUCAGAAUCCAUCAUUUUUUUAUGCAUUACAACUUGAUAUUGAUGAUAAGGUGAGCAACAUUUUCUGGGCUGAUGAUUGUAUGGUAUCAGACUAUGGUCAUUUUGGCGAUGUGGUUUGUUUGGACUCGAUUUGCAGAACAAAAAAGGACCAUUUCCCAUUUGUUCAGUUUAUAGGGGUGAAUCAUCACAAACAAGCUGUAAUCUUUGCGGCUGCACUUUUAUAUGAUGACACCGUGGAUUCAUUUAAGUGGCUUUUUCGAACUUUCUUAGAGACAAUGUCUGGGAAAAAGCCAAAGGCCAUAUACACUGAUCAAGAUGCAGCAAUUAUUGAGGCAAUCCAUUCAGUCUUACCAGAAACAAUCCAUUGUUUUUGCGUGUGGCAGAUGUAUGAAAAUGCCAUAAAAAACAUAAGCAAUGUUGUCAAGGAUUCUCAAUUUUUUGCAAGUGAUUUUAGGAGGUGUAUUUAUUAUUCAAAGGACGAGGAGGACUUCUUUCAUGCCUGGGAGGACAUGUUGGACAAACAUAGUCUUCAGCAGAACGAGUGGCUGAAAUGGAUGUUUAGAGAACGUGAGAAAUGGGCUGUUGUAUAUGGUAGAAAUACCUUUUUUGUCGACGUGAAGGGUUCACAUCUCGUUGAAAGUUUAUUUAUUGACUUGAGAAACUACCUAAAUUCGGGCCUUGAUGUGCUCCAAUUUUUCAAGAAUUUUGAGAACAUUGUAGAUGAGCAACGGUACAAAGAAAUAGAAGCUAGUGAUGAAAUGAGUAAAUGUAUGCCAAGAUUAAUGGGAAAUGUAGUUUUGCUAAAGCAUUCAAGUGAGAUUUACACUCCAAGGGCAUUUGAAGUGUUCCAGCAGGGAUAUGAGAAGUGUUUAAAUGUUGUUGUUAACCUCUGCAGCGAGGAUGGGUCAUUGUUCGAGUACAAAGCUAACAAAUUCGGGCAAACCCGAGAAUACAACCUUACAUUCAACUCUUCAGAUGAUACGGUCACAUGCAGCUGCAAGAAGUUUGAAUAUGUUGGAUUUCUGUGUAGCCAUGCACUGAAAGUCCUCGACCAACAAAAUAUAAAGGUUGUCCCAUCCAGAUAUAUCUUGAAGAGAUGGACAAAAGAUGCAAGAUUAGGGAGUGCAACAGAGUGCAAUGAGUUCACCAUGCAAGACAACCCUAAGAUAAUUAUCGCGAGCCGUUACAAGGAGUUGUGCCGCAAAAUUCUAACAAUAUCGGCUAGGGCUUCCGAAUCUGAGGAAGCGUUUCUAUUUGCCUCUAGACAAUUUGAUGAAGUGAUGGAAGGGGUGGAGAGAAUGGUGAUAUUAAAAUCUGAGGAAUCUCAAGCUGGAACCUCGAGUAGUAAUGGUGCAAAUGCAUCCGAAGGAAAACACGCGGAGAUUUUUCUAGACGGAAAUGCAAUCGAGGAUCAGGAUGACAGCAGGGCAAAACAUAGGGAGAGUGCUAUCCUGGGUGGAUGCCAACUAAAAAUUCUAAACAAUAAAGGCUCUACUGCAAAAGGAAUUCACAAUGUGGAAGGACUUGCACAGAGUACUGUUACCUGCGUUUCUAGCUCCCCUCCAGUUUAUGUUUCACCUCAAGCCACAACAGGAAAUCCCAUUAUGCAAGGGUUAUACAAUUUUGAAGCAAAUCAGGUGGUCAAGUGCAUGUACGGAGAACCUAAUCUGGCUACGGACCAGCAAACUAAUUCUAACAUGUAUCAACCGCCCAACUUCUUUACCAACCAACAUGAUUCACCUAGCCAAUCCCAGUUACUACAGGAGCCUCUAAUCCAUAACACAUACCCAGAAUCUGUAUCGAACACAUCGCAGUUGAGGCAGGAAAUGGAUCUUGAUAUCCAACAUCCGCAUUCAGCUUCGUUCCUGGUUUUUGAUCAAAGAUACAGAUCUCCGGACACCCCGUAUCUCGGCCACAAGUGAAGGAAAAGAUAGGGAAUGUCGUCCUAGCUGUUUUCAGAUUAUGUUAUUAGCUGCAAAACCUCAGAUGCUAAAUUUUGUUUUAUCAAGAAUUAUAGUAUGAAUAUUGCUCGCCAUAUUCAAGUCGAAGGACAUAAUACAGAACAAUUUAUUUACCAAAAGAAUAAAAUGAUUUAGAUU